AUGAAGGUGCCGGAGACAGAGUUCAUGAGCGACAUCCUGAAGCAGCUGACCGGAGAGUCGGCCCUGCCCGUUUACAGCAGCAUCCAGAAGUUCAGGAGGGACAAGGACGGACUUUACUACAUCUCUGAACACUUCAGUGAAACCGUGAAGAAGAGAGAACUGGUCAACGCCAAGGAGAGACUGAGAAUCAGAAACUUGAAUACCAUGUUCUCCCGACUGAAACGCAUGGUGCCGUUAAUGCAGCCGGAGAGAAAGCCCAGCAAAGUGGACACACUUAAAGCAGCGACGGAGUACAUACGACUGCUGCUGGCUGUUCUGCAGGAUACUGACAAUAACAACGGCUCUGAGACUGACUUUCUACAGAAUGCAAUCACUUAUAGCCAGACGGAGGGCUUGAGCAAUGAUCUGUGGCGACUAGAUGAUUUCCUGAACAUGUCGGACGAGCCGAUGGAGGACGGAUUCACCCCGGAGUUGGAAACAGACGACGGAGAUACGACCAGGCUGGUGCUGCAGCACUGUGUCAUGCCGGCGUACCAGUUUGUUAUCCAAGUAGCACCUGACCCGACUUCGGUAAUCGCUCAACCUUCCCAUACACAUGGAAAAAACCCGGAUCUGUCCCCGGAUUCUGCUCCGGUCGGGGAGCCGCACCCACGCAGCGGACGCGCUCCCGAGGAUGCGCUGAGGUGA